CUUCCAGAUCACUGUGCUUAGCAAGAACUAGUCAACUUGACACGGGAGGGUAAUAGAAAACGUUCUGAAAUGGCCGCGCACGGCGAGCCCGCGCAGCCCGCGGUCACCGCGACGGUGACGACAACAAAUGGAGGUCAUAGGAGCGCCUUGAACUUCCCUGAUUACCGCCGCAGCGUCGCGUUCAAAUAUGUCAAGCGCGGCUAUACGUUCCUGAUGUCCUAUGUUUUGACUAUUGCUCUGGUGCCGCUGGCGGGCAUGCUCCUGCUGGAGCUCGUGAACAUGCACCGGACGGGCGAACUGACGCGCUUGGUGGGCGUCGCGAAGCAGACCGACCUGACGUUCAACUUGGUGACGGUCAUCGCCACGAUAGCUGCGCUGAUGGGUGUGGUCAUCAGCUACUACAUCCUACGGACACGCCCGGUCUACCUAGUAGACUUCCAGGUCUACCGCGCGCCUGACAGUUGGAUGGCUACCUACACGCGUUUCAUGGCCGGCUCCCGCAAGUGCGGGCGCUUCACGGACGAGGCUCUGGAGUUCCAGGAGAAGAUCAUGACCCGCUCCGGCCUGGGUCAGGAGACCUACCUGCCGCCUGCUGUCCAGACCGUUCCGCCCGAGUGCACCAUGGAGAAUGCGCGCAAGGAGUUUGAGAUGGUGGUGUUCCCUAUCAUCGAGGAGCUGCUGCAGAGGACGGGCGUGCACCCCAAGCAGAUUGGCGUCCUGGUGCUGAACUGCUCUCUAUUCAACCCCACGCCCUCGCUGACGGCUAUGAUCAUCAACAAGUUCAAAAUGCGCUCCAGCAUCCUGUCCUACAACCUCGCCGGCAUGGGCUGCUCCGCUUCGCCCAUCUCCAUCGACCUGGCCAAGCAGCUGCUGCAGCUGCACCCCUCCACCUACGCGCUGGUUGUGAGCACGGAGAACAUCACGCAGAACUGGUACUUUGGCAACGACCGCGACAAGCUGCUGCCCAACUGCCUCUUCCGCGUGGGCGGCGCCGCCAUUCUGCUGUCCAACCGCCGCCGCGACGCCUGGCGCUCCAAGUACGAGCUGAUGCACACCGUGCGCACCCACCUGGGCGCCAAGGACGAGGCCUACAGCUGCAUCUUCCAGAUGGAGGACUCGGAGCGCAACAUCGGCGUGCGGUUGACCAAGGAGCUGUUUGCGGUGGCGGGCGAGGCGCUGAAGAUCAACGUGACCACGCUGGGGCCGCUGGUGCUGCCGCUGAGCGAGCAGCUGCUGUUCUUCUUCAACCUGGUGGCGCGCAAGGUGUUCGGCUACCGCGGCAAGCCCUACAUCCCGGACUUCAAGCUGGCCUUUGACAAGGUGUGCAUCCACACCGGCGGCCGCGCCGUGAUCGACGAGAUCGAGCGGCAGCUGCAGCUCACAAACGACAUGGUGGAGCCCUCGCGCGCGGCGUUGUACCGGUACGGCAACGUGUCGUCGGCGUCCAUCUGGUACGUGCUGGCGUACCUGGAGUCGUUCAACGGCAUGCGCCGCGGCGACCGCAUCUGGCAGAUGGGCUUCGGCUCGGGCUUCAAGUGCAACAGCGCUGUGUGGCGCGCCAACCGCAAUUUCAAGUGCCUGCACCAGGCUUGGGAGGGCUUCAACCUGGAGGAGAUGCGCGCGCACCUGGCCUCGCUGCCCAACCACCACAACAAGAAGGGCUCCUAAGCAGCUGGCGCGAGCUGCUGGCUAGCUCAGGACGCAAUGGGCCUGGCCGGAACUCUAGCUCUGAGCGGCGCCAGCACUUCGCCACUGGCAGCAUGUGGCAGCGUUGGCGGAUACUGGAAGGUUGUGCGGGAGUCGGGGAAUACCGCGCAUGGGUGCGGGUGGGUAGGCUGAACACAGGGACCGGAGAUGAGCCCAUUAUGCAUGCGUGCGGCGUUGUAGGGGCUUGGCACAACACCAAUAUGGAUUAGGGGCAGAUAUGAAAGAUGUUUGGAGGGUGCCAUGUACCCCUACCCUAGCGUAACUCAAAUGGGUAGAUGAGGAAACAGGCUGUGCUAUCUAUGUAUGGGUCGGAGGUCGCGGAUGGUGGACUAGCGGGUGUGCGGCGCAUGCCAAGACGCUUCGGGUUGAUAAUUCACCUAAGCAGACUCGGGCGCACGGCUUGGGCGAUGAUAUGCCGUUUGCCCGUUUCUUGCCGGUUUCAAGCAUACGAUAGUGGGGAACGGAACAAUUUUGACGUCAAAUAAAAACUGUGCGUGGUGGUGACCAAACCACAUUGGAGACUGCAGACAUGUGCACUUGGAACGACGCUUGGCUCUUGAGGCACGAACACCCCAUCCAGAUGGAGGAAGGCGGAUCAGGAGGAUGUGGGAGACGGAGAGAUCUCAUUACAUACCGAGGUGACGCCGACUACCGUCUACACUGAAUGUAAUUCAAGCACUCAAGAAGGUCUAAAAAUGGAAAGAAUGAAUGGUUUCGCAAUCUAACAUCCCCCGACAGGUUCUCAUUCCACAGCACAGUACCCUCCCCGCGCGGAAUGGUGUGUGAUCAGACACGCUCAUGACCUUAAUCCUGCACGGCCAAUGCACGCCAGACUACGCCAGACGGAUGGUCCUAUUACGCUAGU